AAACGCCUACAAACUGUUCGCGAUUGUCGAACAGUUGGUCGGGCAGCGGGGCGGCUGCUUCAAAUUUAAGCGCGCGAGCGCUACAUCUGCAUUUCGCAUCGUCCAGCACCUAAGCUCGUUCUUCGGCUGUUUCCCCCACAACGGUGGUUCCCCUGCGACUUGCCCACUACGUCCAACCCACAUCGUCGCGCAGGCGCCCAGCGGUUGCGGGAGCAGCACACACCUAGAACGUCAACAUGACCGACGAGUACAUAGCCCACCUGCACAGACGACUCGACGUGCUAAACCUGUGCGUCAGCCUGGCCAAGAUUUCGGCCGACGACGCGUACUUCGUGAAGGACGCACAGGCGAAGCUGCAGCUGACCAAGGAACACCAGGGGCGCAUCCGCGAACUCGGCGAGCAGUACCAACAGGCGAAGGAACAAGAGGCGGAGCUGCUGGCCGACCUCGACGUCCGUCUGCAGCUCGCCGAGUGCCAAAAGUCGUUCCUCGACAGCCUUCCACGGCGACCAGCGCCGCAGCAGGACGUCCUCGCUCGGGGCAACCAAGGUAACGGCUCGUCGGACGCCGGCGUGGGAGGCGGCGACAGGCCGCAGCCGUCGUCGCAGCGGCAGGCUGCUGGCCCUCGGUCCUGCGCCAACUGCAUCGCCUACCUGAGCGAGGGCGAGUUCGCGAGCGUCCCCAAGUACAUGAAGGGUCGCUUCACGCUCCCCGCGCUCAACAAGCUCGUCGACUCGUUCAACAAGGCGCUCGCUUCUAAGUACCAGCUGCUGGCGCUGCCCAAGUCUCGCCUCAAGGAUGCCCAGUGGAAGCGGGUGACCGCGUACCACCAGCAGGAGACGGCCGAGACCAAGAGGCUCUGCUUCCUGGUCGACGACGACCUGACCAAGGGAGGCGGGUUCGAGUCAACCCGCGUCGUCACCCAGUUCAUGGUGGUGAUGCGCCACUGCGGGAGGAUACGCGAGAUCCGAGGGCCCGAACGUAUCGUGCGCUAUGUAGCGGUCUGAUUGGACUUUUCGUUAACUUUUUUGUCUCCAUGUUCUGUACUGAUUUUAGUCUAUUUUAAACAUUUUAUAUAUGUACGAAGCGCUUACGAUGGCCUCAUGGAAACGUGUUCUUCACACUGAGAAUAAACAAUGAGCUUCGAUCUGUAA